GAAAGCUGAGAGGAUACCGAAAGGAACAUAGAAAGAAAAGAGCUUUUGUUUUUCUUUCUUCUUCUCCUUCUUCUCUUUCUUUUCUUCUCUCUUUCAUUCAUCUCUUCUUUCAUUAUAGCCUCAAAAUAUAGCUACUAUAUACUUAUAGGCUAUUCUAUAUCAUAUACAUAAAAUAUCCAAAUUUUCUUUGCUAUAUUCAGUUUACAAUUAUCAUGUUAGCUAAUAGCUUAUCUCCUUCUGAACCUUUUUCUUGCAAUGAAAAUGGUACAUCUUCCAAUAAUAAAAGAAAACGAAGACCCGCCGGUACUCCAGAUCCAGAUGCAGAAGUGGUGUCUCUCUCACCAAAAACAUUGUUGGAAUCAGAUCGUUAUGUAUGUGAGAUCUGCAACCAAGGAUUCCAAAGGGACCAAAAUUUGCAGAUGCAUAGAAGAAGGCAUAAAGUACCAUGGAAAUUACUCAAGAGAGAAACACCAGUUGUUAGAAAACGAGUUUUUGUUUGUCCUGAACCAACUUGUUUGCACCAUGAUCCUUGUCAUGCUCUAGGUGAUCUUGUUGGUAUCAAAAAACAUUUUAGAAGAAAACAUAGUAAUCAUAAACAAUGGGUUUGUGAAAGAUGUUCCAAAGGUUAUGCAGUGCAAUCUGACUAUAAAGCUCAUCUCAAAACUUGUGGUACUAGAGGUCAUUCUUGUGAUUGCGGUCGCGUCUUCUCAAGGGUUGAGAGUUUUAUUGAGCAUCAAGAUGCUUGUAACAUGGGAAGGAUCCAUAAUUCAGAAUCUCAACCAAUACAAACACCAACUGCAUGUUUAUCAAGAACUGCUUCAAGUCCAAGUCCAUCAAGUGAAACAAAUUUCACCAAUUGUCCAUGGCAAACAAGGCUUCAAGUAAUGCAAAAUUCGAUAAAAGAAAAACCAAUAUUCAUGAACCCUAUUAUUACUCCUAUUACUACUAUUACACCUUCUUCUCAAAUAACUUUGUCCAAGAACAAUAAACUUGUGCUUCAUCCAAACUUGGAACUUCAACUCUCCACCACAAACAACGCCAACAACUUCAGUAUGAGUCUGGCACCAGACACGCCUUCGAUCAGAAGUAUCAGUGCUACAGAGGCUAUUCAGAAGGCUAAUCGAUCGACUCAGUUGCAUCUUGCAAUAGGGUCGUCAGAGAUGAGCCAUCAAGAGAGAAAUGAAUCGAACAAUUUUAGAAACAACUCAUACUCAUCGCCGAAAGAGAGUAGCAAUAGCAAUGAGAAGGUUCAAUCAACAAACAGCAUGGCUUUGUUUAAGGUUCAAGAACAAACAAAGGAACAUCUAAGGAUAGCCAUGGCUGAAAAAUCUUAUGCUGAAGAUGCAAGGAAACAAGCAAAGAAACAAAUUGAAAUGGCUGAACAAGAAUUCAACAAUGCAAAGAGAAUAAGACAACAAGCACAAAGUGAACUUGAUAAAGCCUAUGGAUUGAAGCAACAUGCAAUAAGGAAAAUCAAUUCAACUAUGCUUCAAAUCACUUGUCAAGCUUGCAAACAACAGUUUCAACAUGAAGAUAACUCUUUGGUUUUCAGCUAUGUUUCUUCUGCCAUAACAACUGAAGGUGGUGAAAUAGAAAAUGAUGAUGGAAAAGGAAAAACAACAACUAACUAAUAUCUUCAUCUUCAUCUUCAUCAUUAUGUCAUAUCUUUUCUAUUGUCUUCUUUAUAUUUUUCCAUGUCCACUUUUUUUUUAAGGCUAAUUAAUAUCUUUGUGAAUUGGUAUACCAUGGUGAAGUAAGAGUAAUAUAUGUUGGUUAUUAUGUAAGUUGGGAUUAAUUAAAUUAAGGGUGGAGAAAAAAAGAGUGUAUUAAUUCAUGUAACUUUAAGCAGUUUGUGA